AUGGCAGACCCAGCCAAGUACUGGCCAGGCGGCAUCCCAGCGCAUAUCCGUUGUCAUGGCGAGCCUAUAACCGAACGCCUCGAUGAGGAGUGCAAGGGAUGGCAACUAUUCCUUGAGGAAAGUGCCCAAGCGCGCGAGCCCGGUAAUAACGAUGCAAAUUUCGAGGUCAAUCAGCGCCGGAAGCUAGUUGACCAAUGGGCAAGCUUUACGCAAAUCGAGCGCGAUGCAUACCAGGACCGGGCACCGAAUCGCGGAAAAAGCAGUUGGUACCCACCGGAAUUGAGAGGAGACUGGAAGCGUGAGUUGAAGCAAUACGGUUUCUGUAACCUCCUCGUAACGCAGCCUUUGAGUGGGCGAAACCAAGCCCUAUGGGCGAAGAUACGAAUUAUGAUGUAUCGCUUGGAUGGAUCGGGAGAGGGCCCUAGUAUUGGGGACCUAAAUUGCGAUAAUGGCAUUUAUAUACUUAAGCCUAACGCGGCAGGACCAAGCCCUGUACAAACCCGAGACUUUUACAAAUGGGCUUGGGUCGAUAAUGCCCUUUUCGACCGUAUGGCGAUGACUCGGCAAGGAACCGUUAUCUUCCAUCGUUGGGGCCCAGAUAAGUUUUUUGCCGAUCAGGAGGCGCUUAAUACUGGAUUAUUAUUGUUAUGCCACUUCGAAAAUAACGGAGAAAUUGCCGCCGAGGUACGGGUUUCUCCCUUGCUUACGUACGAAGCACACUGCAAGAUCUAUGGCCUCGGGCAUCGCCUCCCUGAAAUUAUAUUCGAUAACGGGUUGCUUACGGACCCCCAAGCGAACGCCCCGCUUAAUAUGGAGAAGUCAAUUCUGGAGCUCGUGAACUCCAGAAUGAAGCAUAUUGAACUUUUUGAGGGAGACACAAGUGAAGACCAGAUUAGGCGGGAUAUUGAGCGCUAUGCUCCGGGAUACCUCGAUGCUGAGGCCCAGGGCAAUGGGAUGGCCGCGGAUUACGACCAUAACAACUUCAAGAGCGAAGAUGAACUAUGA